GAGAACAAUACACAGAACUGUAGCUCAUCUUUCGCCUGGCAAAUUAGUUCGUAUUUCCAUGGUAGAUAUGCUAGUUUCUUUCUAAGAUCUAAUCCCAGCAUGUAGGAGGAAAAAAAAAAGAGCGAUCGUAGAUGAUAAAGUUGAUCUCUUUCGAAGAUAAUACUUGGUAUGUAAACCUAAAGCCUCUGUGUUAGCCUUGUCGCAUCUGCCAUAAAUCCCUUACCAAGAGGCCGGAGCAAAGAAAGAAGAAACAUCAUCAAAGAUCGAUGGGGGAAAGCGAUGUCUCUGAAUGCUCGAAGAGAAGCCCUUCCGACCAAAUUGAGGAUGGAAGCUGUGAGAGCGGAGAGAACGAUGAUGAAUGCGAGCCUAUUAAUGGAGGAAGCUCAAGCAACAGCACUGUCGAAGAGAGCGAGAAGAAGACGUCAGUGAGGCCUUAUGCGAGAUCCAAGUUGCCUAGGCUCCGGUGGACGCCUGAUCUUCAUCUUCGUUUCAUUCAUGCUGUUGAAAUAAUGGGUGGACAAGAGAGAGCCACACCAAAGAUGGUUCUUCAGAUGAUGAACAUCAAAGGACUAAGUAUUGCACAUGUCAAGAGCCAUUUACAGAUGUAUAGAAGCAAGAAGGUUCAUGAUCCGGACCAAGUAUUAGCCGAGCCUAGGCAUCAUCAUGUGGAAAGCGGAGAUCGAAAUAUUUUCAAGCUUAGCCAGCUACCCAUGUUUCAAGGAUAUAACCCAGGCCAUAUUUCCAACUACCGAUUUGGAGAUGCUUCAUCAUGGAGUACUGCUUAUGAAAACUUGUUGGGAUUUACUGCGGGCCGUAGAUCCAUGAAUAAUAUUUCCAGUACCACUAGAUUUUAUGAAAAGGUGGGGGAGAGGAUCCUUGGUAGCAGCUAUAGCAAUUAUUGGACUGAUUGCAUGAUGAAUUUCCGUCCGGGGAAUUCUACUUUCUGUAAACAGCCAACAGCCUGGAGAACCCAGGAAUUGAGAGAUGGAGUUCACAAGCACGACUCCAGCUUGCAGACUCGAGCAAGAAUAUCGAGUACUCGUAGUGAUCUUAAACCCGUAACCCAUCUGCAAGCGGAAAUACAACAAGAACAUACAAGUUCUUGUAAUGACAAUGCCAUUUCAGAUUUCAGCAAAACAACCAAUGUAAAAGAGUGGAAUAGUACGUUGAAAAGGAAGGCCUCGGAAUGCGAGCAGCUCGACUUGGAUCUAUCUCUUCGGCUAACUUCAAGCGGGAAUGAUGAUUAUCAUCAUGAGAACCAGAGAAGUUCGAGGGACUCUAAAGUUGAGAUCAGUGAUCUCUCCCUUUGUUUGUACUCAUCACAGUCAUCCUCGAGUCAUCAAAUUUUGAAGGAAAGACGAGAUCAUGCGGGUAAGGAGCAAGAAAGAAGAAGGGCAUGUACUCAUGAUCAUGAUCUGGAUUUGACUAUAUGAAUGAGCAGGCAAUUCUUAAAGUGAGAUCGAUGAUCUUGAUCAGGUACUUGUCCAGAACAAAGCAUUCCAUGAUUGUGUCGUUGUAUGUACGUACCUUCAAUAUUAUAUUCAAAUUAGUAGACACCAGUACUUAUGUCUGUCUUUCUUUCUCUCCUGCCCCCUUAUGUUUUUCUCCAGCUUUUUAUC